UUAACUAAAGUGCUUUUACAUUUAUUGUCGCAGUGUCGUGUUAGGUAAAAAAGUCAAAAGUUAUUUCAAUUCUUCAGCCCGAAUUAAGUUUGAAAACUACUUAUUGAUCAGUUUUUAAGCAUUGUAAUUAUGAACUUCAAUGAGAAUUUUCUUCAAAAUGCUUAUCCUGAAAUGCAUGUCAGGAUGCCUGACAGAUUGUUUACUGAAAAUGAAUUUCAGCAAACACCUUUACCUAUAGACAGUAGAGAAGUCUUUGAUUAUAUAAGAGAUAUUAAAGAUCCAGAGCAUCCAAUGACCUUGGAAGAAUUGAAUGUUGUUUCUCUGGACUUGAUUAAGGUAGAAGAUGAGAACUGUUAUUGCUUUGUUGAAUUUACCCCUACAAUUCCACAUUGUAGUAUGGCAACAUUGAUUGGCCUGACCAUCAAAGUCCAUCUGCUGAGAGUUAUGCCUCCACGUUUUAAGAUUGAUGUCUGCAUUGUUCCUGAUACUCAUAAUUCUUAUGCUGCGAUUAAUAAGCAACUGGCUGAUAAGGAAAGGGUAGCUGCUGCUUUGGAAAAUGUUCAUCUUGCCGAAGUUAUCAAUGACUGUAUUCUUUUGCCUGAAGAACAGACACUACCCCCAUUUGUUGAAAAGGUUUUAAAGGAGCAAAGCAAAUUGGACCAUCCUAAGGUUAAAUAUAUUCAGUCAAGUCGUCAACACAUUGAAAGUUAUCGUAGGUGGAAGGAAAUAAUUAAUGAGAAUUUGAAAAGUUAA